AUUCAUUCAACAUAGUGUCUGAAGCACGAUGACACCUCCAAACGUUGCUUUGCAUGUCCUAUGUCUGCUCUUGGCAAAUGUUGCUUAUACGACAACUUGGAAAUCAUCAUUACAUUAUCAUUCACAUGUUGGGGAAAGUGUGACUUUGCCUUGUGCCUUCGAUGACUUUAAUGCUAAUACAGUGAUGUUUUACUGGUAUAGGCAAACUCUUGGACAGAAACCAGAGCUGGUGUCUACAUUCUAUCGGCAUAAUGAUAAAAAAGGCAGCUCUAAUGAUGGAUUAAACAAACCUUCACGUUUCUCACUGGAUAAAAAAGAAGGUACAAACAACUUGAAGAUAACACAUCUGCAAAUAUCAGACUCGGCUACAUACUUCUGUGUGGGGAGCGAUUUAUAUAGCUUUAAAUUCGGUGAUGGAAUUACUGUCAAUGUAAAAGGUUCUGGUUUGAACAUCCCAGUUUCGGUCCAUCAGUCAGCAUCUGAGAUCAUCCAGUCAGGAGACUCUGUGACUCUGAACUGUACAGUACACACUGGCAGCUGUGAUGGAGAACACAGUGUUUACUGGUUCAAAAACUCUGAGGACUCUCCAGGACUCCUUUACACCCAUGGAGGCAGGAAUGAUCAGUGUGAGAGGAAAUCCCACACACAAACACACACCUGUGAUUACAACCUGCCAAUGGAGAGCCUGAAUCUUUCUCAUGCUGGGACCUACUACUGUGCUGUUGCCUCAUGUGGACACGUACUGUUUGGAGACGGGACCACGCUGGACUUUGAGGGGGUUCGCCUCUUUACAGAUGAUGUUCUCUCUCUUGCCUUGGUGUAUUUCUUGAGUGGAGCUUUGGCUGGCACCAUCAUCCUGAUAGUUUUACUGGCUAUCUCAGUGUACAAGAUGAACCAAAGAAACUGCCAACAUUCAGAGUGCAAUGCCACAUUUUCAACAUCUUCUACUCUGCAUACAGAACAGUUCGGUCAAGACGCAGAGAACCUUCAUUAUGCUGCUUUAAGGCAACACAACGGCAACAGAUCAAGAAGAGAGGGGGAAAACACCCAGUCCGAAUGUGUGUACUCCAGUUACGUAAAUAUAGAGUGCCCAUGCAGUGAUAUGGUCAUACGCACAAUGGAAAGCUUCACCUUAAUAGCAGCUGUGCUUCUUUGCAGCCUCAGCUGGAUCUCUGCCUUGGUUAGUCAGACUGUGGAGGUCCAGCCCGGUGAAGAAGUCACUCUGCUCUGCCUCAACAUAUCCAUCAGUCCAACUCAGUCCGAUUGGUUCAGAGUGCUCAACGGAACCAAGCCAAGCUGUGUCUCCUCUAUCUACAGGGCUGGUGACGAAGCUUCAUACUGUGAUGGAUAUCAACAUGGAACAUUUGAAAUGAGUUCCAACUUGACCACUCUCUUUCUUAAAAUCAAGCAAGUGGAUAUAUCUGACUCUGGACUGUACUUCUGUGGAUUUUACAUAAAACCAUGUACAGUCAUUUCCAGUGCAAUCCAGCUAAAUGUUGAAGGUAACGGUGAAUCUGAUUAUAAUGAAUAUGAUUUCGAGACCAAAAAGGAGCCUGAUGAAAUGACAUACCUGAUGAGUUUAAUUCUGGGAUGCUUGGCUUUUUUGCUCACUAUAGUCGUCAUUGUUCUGGCUGUUAAAAUAAGGAAGCUUCAGAAAGAUGCAAAUGAAGAAUCUCAGCCCAAAAGACCCCAGAAUAUGUGCUCGGAUGAACUGAACUACGCGGCUCUGAGUUUCCAGGCGAAGCCAAAAAGGAGCCGCAGGCCUGCUUCUGAGCGAGAGCUUGAGCCAAAUGUAGUGUAUGCUGCCACCAGAUAGAAGAAGGAAACGGGUGGAAAUGCAGCUCAGAGUGAAAAAAAUGCUUUGUCAUGAAAAACUUCUCAUGUAGCUUCAUGUG